AUGGGGUAUGGGGCAGAGCGGGAUUUCAUGGGGUAUGGGGGCAGAGGCGGGAUUUCAUGGGGUAUGGGGCAGAGGCGGGGAGUUCAUGGGGGUAUGGCGGCAGAGGCGGGGAUUGCAUGGGGUAUGGGGGGGGCAGAGGCGGGAUUUCAUGGGGUAUGGGGUGAAUAUGGGGGCAGAGGCGGAUUUCAUGUGGUAUGGGCAGAGGCGGGAUUUCAUGGGUAUGGGGGCAGAGGCGGGGAUUUCAUGGAUGGGGCAGAGGCGGAUUUCAUGGGUAUGGCGGAAGAGGCGGGAUUUCAUGGGGUAUGGGGGCAGAGGCGGGAUUUCAUGGGGUAUGGGGGCAGAGGCGGGAUUUUCAUGGGUAUUUCAUGGGGGCAGAGGCGGGAUUUCAUGGGGUAUGGGGGCAGAGGCGGGAUUUCAUGGGGUAUGGGGGCAGAGGCGGGAUUUCAUGGGUAUGGGGGCAGAGGCGGGAUUUCAUGGGUAUGGGGCAGAGGCGGGAUUUCAUGGGGUAUGGCGGCAGAGGCGAUUUCAUGGGUAUGGCGGCAGAGGCGGAAUUUCAUGGGGUAUGGGGGCAGAGGCGGGAUUUCAUGGGUAUGGCUGCAGAGGCGGGAUUUCAUGGGUAUGGGGCAGAGGCGUUUCAUGGGGUAUGGCGGCAGAGGCGGGAUUUCAUGGGUAUGGGGGCAGAGGCCGGGAUUUCAUGGGGUAUGGCGGCAGAGGCGGGAUUUCAUGGGGUAUGGGGCAGAGGCGGGCAUGGGUAUGGCGGCAAGGUGGGGUAUGGGGGCAGAGGCGGGAUUUCAUGGGUAUGGCGGCAGAGGCGGGAUUUUAUGGUAUGGGGCAGAGGCAGGAUUUCAUGGGGUUGGCGGCAGAGGCGGGAUUUCAUGGGUAUGGGGGCAGAGCGGGAUUUCAUGGGGGUAUGGGGCAGAGAAUUUCAUGGGUAUGCGGGGGUAUGCGGCAGAGGCGGGAUAUCAUGGGGUAUGGGAGAGGCGGGAUUUCAUGGGUAUGGGCAGAGGCGGGGGUAUGGGGCAGAGGCGGAAUUCAUGGGUAUGGGGCAGAGGUGGAAUUUCAUGGGUAUGGAGGCAGAGGCGGAAUUUCAUGGGUAUGGGCAGAGGCGGGGAUUUCAUGGGUAUGGCGGCAGAGGCGGGAUAUCAUGGGGUAUGGAGGCAGAGGCGGGAUUUCAUGGGGUAUGGCGGCAAAGGCGGGGAUUUCAUGGGGUAUGGCGGCAGAGGCGGGCAUGGUAUGGGGGCAGAGGCGGGAUUUCAUGGGGUAUGGGGCAAGGCGGGAUUUCAUGGGUAUGGGCGCAGAGGCGGAUUUUCAUGGGUAUGGCGGCAGAGGCGGGAUUUCAUGGGUAUGGCGCAGAGGCGGGAUUUCAUGGGUAUGGCGGCAGAGGCGGGAUUUCAUGGGUAUGGGGGCAGAGGCGUGGUUGUGGAUGCUGCUGAAAAGUAUGGUACAGCGCCGUUCACGCCUAGUAACCACUGGGUGACACGACAUCUUGCUUCAAAAUAG